CUGACUUUUACCCAAAAAACGGAUCGGAAAGUCAUUGUCUUGGGUUCCGACCAGUCGGACUCAUCUUCCUGUGUCUUCUCCGUCUGCAGUUCAGUGAAGGGUUCGAUUGGACUGCAACGGACCGCCAGUCUACCUCGCAGGAGUAGGGAUCGCCUCCCAGCCCGCGCUCCUCAACGUCCCGUUUCAAUGCAUGGUGCUCUGGAUCCCAGCCUUCUGGUAGCUCAACUCUCCAGUGGAAGCAACGGUCAUUAUCUGGGGAGUCCAAACCUCCAAUUCUCACGUUACAACAAACCCCUCUACCAACUGCUGGGUGGCCAGGCAACUACCAGGCAGGUGGGAGGAACCUCUCAAGGAGCUUACAGUCUUGAAAACUGUGUCACCAAACUGGCAGAGAUGGAACGCCGGGUGCGGGAAGCUAUGGCUGAACGAGAACGAUUGCUGCAAGAAAGGGUAAGAGAUUGA